AUGUUGGGCAACAGUGAUCAUCCUCAAACACUGGAAAAUGAUGCUAACCAGCAUCUCUAUACUUUGGCCAUGUUUUGUGUAAAACAUUUGGAAUGGUUUUUAGGAAAAGCAUUACAUGAUGAAGAAUCUACAAUAAUUCACCAUUAUGCCUUUUCUGAAAAUCCUACAAUUUUUAAAUAUCCAGACUUUGCUGCUGGCUGGGCCCUUAGUAUUCCACUUGUAAACAAGCUUACCAAGAGGUUAAAGAGUGAAUCCCUGAAAUCCGACUUUACGAUAGAUUUAAAACAUGAGAUUGCCCUCUACAUCUGGGACAAAGGCGAUGGGCCUCCCCUCACUCCAGUGCCUGAGUUCUGUACAGAUGCUGUGGACUCCUACUGUGCCACCACAUUCCAUUCUUUUCUACCACUUUGUGGAAAUCCAGUGAAGAAAGAGGAUAUAUUUUUUGCAGUAAAAACAUGCAAGAAAUUUCAUGGUGAUAGAAUCCCCAUUGUAAAGCAGACCUGGGCGGGCCAGGCAAGUGUCAUUGAAUACUACAGUGAUCACGCAGAAAGUUCCAUUCCUACAGUAGAUCUGGGGAUUCCCAAUACAGAUAGAGGUCAUUGUGGAAAGACAUUUGCCAUUUUGGAAAAAUUUCUGAAUCACAGCCAUGACAAAAUAGCAUGGUUGGUCAUUGUGGAUGAUGAUACAUUAAUAAGCAUCUCCAGGCUCCAGCACUUGCUUAGCUGUUAUGACUCCAGCGAACCAGUGUUUCUGGGAGAGCGGUACGGCUACGGCCUGGGCACUGGCGGCUACAGCUACAUCACGGGAGGAGGAGGAAUGGUCUUCAGCAGAGAAGCAAUCAGGAGACUUCUCGCCAGUAAAUGUCGCUGCUACAGCAAUGAUGCCCCCGACGAUAUGGUCCUAGGAAUGUGCUUUAGUGGGUUGGGAAUCCCUGUGACACACAGCCCUCUCUUCCAUCAGGCUCGGCCCGUGGAUUAUCCCAGGGACUACCUUUCUCACCAAGUUCCCGUAUCCUUUCACAAACACUGGAACAUCGAUCCAGUAAAAGUGUAUUUCACGUGGUUGGCACCCAGGGAGGAAGACAAAGCCAGGCAGGAGACAAAGAAAGGCCUUAAGGAAGAGUUAUAAAACGUGCCGGCCUGUGAGCACAGUUUGGGUCAGAGACAGAAGUGGAGACUGGCCUAGUCCUGCUGAGCUGUGAUCAUUACUGCUUCUGUGUGCCACCCGGCAUUGGAAGCCUUCUGACUUUAGGUGGAAAUUAUGUAUAUGGUAUUUUUUGAGGGGGGAGGAAGCAGAGUCAUAGGGAAAACAGAUUUUUUUUUCUGGGAAAAAAAUCAUUUGCUUUUGCAUUAUGCAGUUACUGUAAUAUACCACGAUUACUGUGUUUUUUUCAAGCUGUGAUACAGCAGCUUUAUUAAUAAAUGGUACCAGAAGUCUCCUUCCUGUUUUCUCUCUUCAUUAUAAAGUGUCAGAUGGGCUUGAGACUGAGAAGACAUGACUGUGUUUAUAUAUAUGCUCUAGACAUAUAUAUAUAUAUAUAUAUAUAUAUUCUCCAUAUACUAUAUAUAUACACACACACUUCAUAUAGAACAGGCAACAUCUGUUGACAUGGAUAUUACCACGGUGUGAACUUUUUAACCAUAUUAUUGAUGAUGAAAAUUAUUUUCUGGUUAUUCAGUAGGAAUAAUGCUGUAUUAAAUAUCAUUCAUAAAACAUCAUAAAAGUCGAGAUAUGAAGUCCCCUGUAGUCUAUAAUCAGGGUUGUUAUGUUUUAUCUAUUUUUCUCUUUGUGCCUCAUAAAAAGAGAGUAAGAAGUCUUCUGCUAGAGUUUUCUACUUCUUCAGAGGUUCAUCUGUGUUCUAUUUCUCCCCGAAGCCCUAUCUUUAUGACCUACUUGUAACACAAAAGUAUGCUGGAUGCUGCCAGAAAAUAGGUGUUCUCAAUAUUUAAAAACAAUGUUGUUGUGCUUUAUUCAAGUCAGUGAGCUCUGUGUAAGUCUCAGGAAGUGAAUUAAAUUAAUUUGUACCUGAUGUUUUACUCUUAUUUUUCUUUGAAUGUUACUUAAUGACUCUCUCCUGGCUCAUAAUAACCCCCCCGGUAUACCCAUUAAACCCUAGUGGAAGGACAGCGUGGUGAUUUGGCAACUUCCCUGGGUUCUUACAGAAUGAGAUUUGAACAUAGUAUUUUGAAACAGCUCUAAUUUUCAAAUCAUAUCUUUAAUAUAUAGUAAUUUAACACAUUCGUUAUUAAUUUGUAACAAGGACACUUUUAAUGUUUUAAUUAUAUAAUUCAGUUUUUCUAAGGGUGUUUACAUAAAAUUUGAUUUUUGUAUGUCUUAAACUAAUUUUGGUCUAGUAAAAUACUUUCCUCUUUUUUAAAAAUAAAAAUUGCUAUUCAUUAACUUCGCUUGUAAGGCUUUUAUAGCCAAGCACAGGGUUUUAAAGCCAUACCACCAAAAGUACCCAUGUGUGUUUUUUAACAGUACAUUUUCUUGUAGCUUAGAUUGGACUCAUUUCCAAAACGAUGCAAUAGUAUUUUGACCGUGGUUCCAAAUUAGCAAAUACCAGGACUGGUGUGUUUUCAGUGGUCACCAUAUGCAUUGGAUUCAUUUUUGUAAAAGUGGAUUUUGUGGCCUGUCCAAGGAAUGGAUCAGAGAUGAUCAACUAGAUGAGAAGCACCCCAAGGAUUUCUAGAUCCUGUCAAACUGUUGGUGAUGACGUCAGCAUCAUUGCCAUAGCUGGGAUCGUUGUCGUAGCUAUCACUGCCAACACCUUCAUGUCAUCUGUGAUAAUACGCCUGGAGGACCUGGGUGCCUAAUCCAGUGGAGAAGAGGCUUUGGUUCUUCCUGCCCCUGCCUCCCAACUGUCACGCUCAGCACAUAGCGUAUUCAUUCGCCAGGAGCGAACGGGCCUCUGUACGUGACGAUCCACAUCAAGCUUUCUUACGAUCAGUGCCUUCUACUGAUACUGGAGCACCUCCUCUGGUACCUGUAGGUGUUUUGUUAAUUAUGUUUACUUUUUGGAACUAUGUAAGCCUAACCACAAAUAAAAGGUCUUUGCCUACGUUA